AUGUUGAAGUCAGGAAAACUAAUAAUAACAGAAACAUGUGUUCGACCGUCCCGACACAACCACAACAGAAUAUUUCUAGAAAAUUCUGUCGGGCAGGUAAUCUGCUUGAAGAUGGGGCAGUUCUCGCUACUUAUAUUUGUCUUCAUAUCCAUCAGUUUCACAUAUGGCUUCAACGGCGACAGCUUCGAGCUGGAAUGUCCUGAUGAAUGCGACUGCCACUACUUCAGGAUCAAUUGGGUGACAGAUUGCUCCGAGAGUAACCUCACCGAAGUACCAUAUGAUGAGCUCAGUAUGAGCGUUUACAUCUUGGAUCUCAACGGCAACAACAUAACAAAGUUAAACACGUUCCCGAGCGAUAUCAAGAUGCGUCGCCUGCAAAUCGCUAACAAUCACCUGAGGAGCGUAGAUAGAGACGCUUUUAAAGGCUUGGAGUACCUUAUUGACGUCGAUUUGUCAGGAAAUAACAUUAGUUACGUCGACCCGGAAGCUUUCUUAGAUGCGCGUGGUCUUCUAAACGUAGAGCUUCAAGAUAAUCCGAUAAGUAUUGUGGAUGGGCCAUUCCUAAUCUCCACUACAUUGCAAUAUCUGGACAUUAGCUCAUGUAACUUGUCAGAAAUAAACCCACAGUUUUUCGAGAAUAUCACAUCUUUAACCACAGUUGAUCUUUCUAAUAAUCCUCUGAUAACAUUAGACACUGGUGUGUUUGACGUCUUAACCAGUCUCGAUACUUUAAAACUGAACGAUUGCAAGUUAACCAGUAUUUCUGAAAACGUAUUCUUCACCUCCUUUAACUUAAAGAACUUAGAAUUAGCAGGAAAUCAACUUACCAACACAAAUUGGCCAGAAUUAUUAGGAAAACUAAUAAGACUUGAAUAUUUAAAUUUGAGGAAGUCUGGAAUAACUUCGCUAUCUGAAGACACUUUCUCCAACUGCACAAAUCUGGUCACAUUAAUUUUAGCUGAUAAUGAACUACGCGACUUAGAUGUUGGGGCUAUAUUGGGCAGCAGUGUUGACCAUUUAGAAUUAUUGGAUCUGUCAAAUUGUAAAAUACAAGGACCGAUUGCAGGAGAAGCAUUUGCAAAUGCGAGCAGGUUAAAAAGCCUGUAUCUUUCUGGCAAUCCAUUAUUCGCACCCGACUUGCAGGAGGCGUUAGAGCCCUUACCAAAACUGGAGAGAUUGUUUUUAAGUAACUGUGGCCUGCGUAAUCUGCCUGAUAAUUUCAAUGUUUUUAACAAUUUACAAGAACUAGAUAUAUCCCAUAAUCCACUAGUAAAUGUAUUCACGAAACUCCUUGCGCCUUUGGAAAAAUUAGAAUAUUUAAAUAUGGGUUAUAGUAAUUUGUCUUACAUAGGCCCAGACACAUUUUCCAAAAUGACAUCAAUGAAAAGGCUGGUCUUAUCUGGUAAUGAUCUAUUGUCUCUUGAAGCAGGUCUUUUUGGAAACUUAACGCAGCUUACUACACUUGAACUGGAAUUUUGUGGAUUAAAGAGGCCAUUAAAUGCGAAUGUUUUCUUUAAAAAUUUAACUUAUAUGGAUUUAAGAGAGAUACGUCUGGGUGGAAAUCCACUGGUGAUUCCUGUUUCAGGUCCUGUUUUCCCUAAACAGUUAUCUCAAGUCACAAUACUUGAGUUGAGCAACUGCAACAUUACUUCCCUUAAUGCUGAUGCAUUUAAAAAUACAGAAAAUCUGACAGAAUUAAAUUUGGCUGGUAACAGAAUAAAAUCUGAGUAUGACAGUCUUUCAUUCUUAGAAAGAUUACAUCAACUAGAAAAGAUAAACUUGAGUAACAAUAAUUUAACAACUAUUGACCCUCAAGUAUUUGUUAAUAAUCCCAAGCUACAUUCUUUGAAUUUAGUUGGCAAUCCAUUUGUUUGCGACUGUAAGAUCGCGGAAAUGUGGGAUUGGGCAAAUAUGAUUAAAGGUAAUUUAGAUGUUCUUAUUGGAGCUAAAAGUGCAGAAAAAGACAUAGUGGUGAAAGGAAACAAGAAAAAGAAGCAUUUAUAUUGUCAUUACAAUGAGACACAGCUUCGCAAUAUGUCUAUACCUGUCAACAAAACAGUUCCAGGCAGAAGGCCAUUCAUAAAACCAAGAGAAUUAAGUUUCGCUAACAGGACCUGGGCAAAGUACGUCAGAGAAUCGGGAUGUGAACCUGUUGUGAAGAUACUGAGACCAGUGGCUUUAGUAGCUGAACUUUUCGACUUCAGUGAUGGCCACUUUCCAACAAGUACCAUUGUUUUGACUGUGUUAUCACUAACUUUAGCUGCAGCUACUAUUGUGAUGACUUUAAGGCUAUUUAGAAGAAGAGACGUUGAAGUAGUAGAUACAGAGAAUAUAAGGAAACUAAGAUAGCAAAAAGAAAAAGAAA